AUGCGAGCCCAUGGCUCAAAGGUGUUCUGGUUCAGGGUAAGAGCUAAACAUCCAACCAAGAUGUCCUGUAAGUGGAACUUGCCCUCCUUGGCUGGUUAUUGAACCAUUUGUACAAAUAAUGAGUUACCUAAUAACUUACUUAGUUAAUGACUGAAGGAAAGCUAUUAGCAUUGAUAAUUUAAGUCUAUGGCAGUGAUAUACAGUGCCUUCAGAAAGUAUUCAUACCCCUUUAUUUCACAUUUUGUUGCGUUACAACCUGAAUUCAAAAUUGAUGAAAUUGACAUUUAUUCUCACACAUCUCCACACAAUAUCACAUAAUGGCAAAGAGAAAACAUGUUUUCAGACAUUUUUGCUAAUUUAUUGAAAAUGAAAUACAGAAAUAUCUCAUUUACAUAAGUAUUCACACCUCUGAGUCACCAAAUGUUAGAAUCACUUUUGGCAGAGAUGACAGCUGUGAAUAUUUCUGGGUGAGUCUCUAAGAGAUUUGCACAACUGGAUUGUACAAUAUUUGCACAUUAUUCUUUUUAAAAUUCUUCAAGCUCUGUCAAGUUGGUUGUUGAUCAUUACUAGACAGCCAUUAUCAUAGUCUUGCUAUAGAUUUUCAAGCCGAUUGAAGUCAAAACUUCAACUAGACCACUCAGGAACAGUCAAUGUUGUCUUGGUAAGCAACUCCAGUGUAUAUUUGCAAAUGACAAGCAUACCCAUAACAUGAUGCAGCCACCACCAUGCUUGAAAAUAUGAAGAAUGGUACUCAGUGAUGUGUUGUGUUGGAUUUUUUGCAGUUUUACUUUAGUGCCUUAUUGCAGAAAGGAUGCAUGAUUUGUCAUAUUUUUAUUCUGUGCAGGCUUCCUUCUUUUCACUCUGUCAUUUAGGUUAGUAUUGUGUAGUAACUACAAUGUUGUUGAUCUAUCCUCCAUUUUCUCUUAUCAGCCAUUAAACUCUGUAACUGUUUUAAAGUAAUCAUUGGCCUCAUGGUGAAAUCCCUGAGCGGUUUCCUUCCUCUCUGGCAACUGAGUUAGGAAGGACGCCUGUAUCUCUUGUAGUGACUGGGUGUAUUGAUACACCAUCCAAAGUGUAAUUAAUAACUUCACCAUGCUCAAAGGGAUAUUCAUUGUCUGCUUUUUAAAUGUUUAACCAUCUACCAAUAGGUGCCCUUCUUUGCGAGGCACUGGAAAACCUCCCUGGUCUUUGUGGUUGACUGUGUUUGAAAUUCACUGCUUGGCUGAGGGACCUUGCAGAUAAUUGUAUGUGUGUAGGCCAGUGACACAACAUAUACAUGUAACAACUUUAAAUUAAGGCUGUAACACAACAAUGUGGAAAAAGUAAAGGGGUGUGAAUACUAUCUGAAGGCACUGUAGACAUAUUAUCACUGGAGUGGAUUAUUAUCUUAAACCAUAUUGAAUAAGUAUUGGUAUAGACAAGUGAAAUUGAAAGAAUCUGAAAAUAUUUUUAGGCAAUAGUUCCCAUCAUAACUGGUGCAGAAGUCCCCAAGGAGAAAAUUGACUCUGCUUUGGAGGAGUCUCUGAAGGUGUUUGAGGAGAAGUUCCUGGAGGACAGACCCUUUAUAAUUGGGGAGAAGAUCUCACUAGCAGACCUGGUGGCCAUAGUAGAGAUCAUGCAGGUAACUUUUAAAUGUGUCAAAAGUGAAAGGGUAAGGAAGAGUGAGUUGUGCAUAGAGUGAUUUUGAAGCUAUUGUGUGAGGGAUUCUCUUACUAACUGUUGUAAGUGUCCCUCCUAGGUUGCAGAUUAUUGCUGUACUUUCCCUGAAAUGAUAUGGGUUUUCCUGUGUGUGUAUGUUUUUCAGCCAGUUGGUACUGGUCUGGAUGUGUUUGAGAACAGGCCCACUCUCAGUGUCUGGAGAGACAGGGUAAAGAAGGAGCUUGGCGAGGCUCUGUUUGACGAAGCUCACAAGACCAUCAUGCAUGUGGACAGCCUGCCACAAACAUUUCAGAACAAUGGCAUGCUGGAAUUUAUCAAGCCAAAGAUUCAGAAGAUGUUCAACUAA